UGAAAUACCUGCGGGAAGUUACGCCGUAUUUCAGGCGGAGUACUAUUAUCGGAGAAGUAGGAUGGGAGAACACAUCACCUUACGUCAUCAAGGAGCCCGGUGCAAAUCCCCGUGCCACUCGUAAUAAUUGGACCGAAAUGAAAACAAUACCAUUAAAGCUUUCAUACGUUACAACAAACUUGACAAUGCCCGACCCAGAACAUAGAACGAUCGAAUUACAUUCCCCAGAUGGUCGUAGCUCUUGUAUCCUGCGUUGUAAAGACAAUCAAAGUGCCACCGAGUGGUGCACUGCCAUCCAGGCGAAUGUUUCUCUCUUAAACUGCAAUGCGAUAUCAGAAGCGAACGCGUUGCUGAGAACAUUACCUGGAGAAUUAGAAGUACAUCACAUGGGAUGGUUAAGUGAGCAGCAAAGUCACUCAGAUUCAAGGGGAGGAAUAUGGAAGGCAAUCUUCAUGGCGAUAUCCGAUUGGAAUGUCCUUAUGUAUGACAACGUACCCUUUACGAAAGAUGAGUGGCUGAAGCCUUACAGAUCCCUGCCAUUGAUCUCAACCAGAUUACUGUAUUCUGGCAAUCCAAAAGGAAUGACAAGUAGUAAAGGGGGUGCGGAACUAACGUUUGGUACAAGGACAGGUACACCAGAUGGGAUCGAAGCUCACCUGUUCAAAGUAGAUAUGAGGCGUGACCUGGCUAUGUGGACCAGACAAUUUGUACAAGGAGCACACCAUGCUGCAGUAGCCAAGAAAGAGAUCAGUUGUUCUGUUAAGUGGCAGGGAAGAGAUGCAAAGCUGGUAAUUCAUUAUGAGAAUGGUUUUACAUUGACAACAAAUCAGAAUGGAAACAAGCCUCAAGUGAUGUGGUACUACCCAUUUGAUAAGUUACGCUUUUCUUCUGAUGAUGGCCAGAAAUUCCUGCUGCUGGAUUUCGGAGCAAAUGAAGGGGAAUUUGAGCUUGACAUCCAGGAAUGUCCCAAGCCAACUGUAUUUAUCCUGCAUACAUUUUUGAGUGCAAAGGUCACAAGAAUGGGUCUUUUUGCAUGACAUGUUUCCAAAGAGUUUAAAAUCAUUGAAGCAGUAUUGUGAGCAGAAUCAGAAUAGGGUUUCUUAAAUAAGGAAGUUUCAUAGUUAUGUGUACAUAAAUGAAUUAUAUAAAUAAAUGCAUUAAACUGUAUAUUAAUUAUGUAUAUAUGUAUAAAAAUACAAUUUGCAUGCAUUUUGAUGGAUACACAAAGUACAUUCAAAUGUGUUCUAGUAGAUGACACUACUUUUAUAGGUAAUUUGGACUUUAAGAUGAAAUAUAGAUUGAAAUUGUAAUGUGUACAUUAAUUACAAAUACUGGAGGCAUUAAAAUUAGCAUUACUUUGACCACAUAAAAACAGUUACAUGUUGUUCUAAAAUGGAAAAUAACUUGAACAUAGAUGCUUAAGAGGAAAUUAAUGUUAAACAAAACAUUCAUAAUGCUAUUUAGGAAUUGACUUGAAACAUUCAGAUCUCCCUCUAAUUAAAGACAACCUCCUAUUAAAGACCACUUUUGCAUUAACAUAUUAGAGUAUUAUUUCACCAUUAGAGGGCAGUAUAAUAUGGAAAAGUAAAUUACUACUAGGCAGUAAGUAGUAUCAGUGGUGUUUAGUUUAAUUUUGGAGGAGUAUUUUUUAUAAUAAUGAAAAUUUUAACUAGGAUUUCAUAAUGUUUAUUAUUACUAACAUAAACGAAGAAUAAAAUAAAGACAAAUUCUGAUAUUUGCCAGUUAUGUACAAUGCAAAUUUGACCAAAUAAAAGACCAACUUUUGUUGCAGUUUGACAUGGAUUAGUUUUAUUCAUGACUUCUCAAUAAUGUUGACAUCGUAACAUUAUCACAGGGUCCAAUUAAAUGAAUUACAUGAGAUAUUACAUGAGGGUGACUUUGGUAUAUAGAAACCUACACAUGUGAUAAUGCUUAUACAGUAUAACUAACUGCCGUAUGGAGACAGUUUCCCUAUUGAUGGAUAUAAAUUUUUCGUAAAAGAUAUUGGUAUUAUUAUUUUUGGUAUUAUUAUUACAGUUGAACCUCUCUGGAUGACCACCUCUGUUAAGCAACCACUUGCCAAAAACCUGUUUAGUUCCCUGUUCACUUACUGCAUCUGGUACCUCUUGUACCCAUAUUCCGUAGGCGACCCAGACCACUUAUGAACUUAAAAAAUUGGAUUUGGCUGGUAUUUCACCUGUGGUAAGUGACCAUCCCAGAGGUCAAGAACUUUACAUGCAGGUGAUUGCUAAAGCCUAUUAAAAUAGUAAUAUGAGGAUAUAUUGAUUAUUUUCCGACAUCACAUUAAGUUUGGGGCUCAUGGUGGUGUGAGUCUUGUAAGCAAACAUAAGCAACCAAUCAACUGUAUCAAUUGUUAUCAGUGUAUUAGAUAGAAUACCUACUUUUGUAUUAUUAUUAUAUCAUUUAUUUUAAUCAUAUAUUAUCAUAUAUAUGUUAGGUUGAUUUGCUUUUGUAAAUUUGCUUCAGAAGUAUUUUAAAGCUACAAUAAAAACAGUAUUACAUGCAUGCAAUAUGUGUAUAAGAAGUUAUAAACUGCCCAGUAUCAUUUAUGUGACAGUGAUGUAUGCCUAAAUUCUACAUACAGUAUUCAUUUUAAUUAUUAGUUUUGAUGCAGGCAUCUGGCUUAAUGAGCUUUGUUAACAGAUCCUUUUGUAAGCAGGGGUGGCGUCAGGAUUUGCCCAACAGAGGAGCCGAUUUUCCCGACAAAAAAAAGUGGGCGUGGUCAGGCGCCACUCAAAGUCUUUUGAAAGUGAUCCAAAAAUACAUUUACAUAUACAUUUUAUUUCUCCCGACGGGGGCCCUGGAGUCCCCCCUCCCCCUUCAGCUGGCGCCACCCCUGUUUGUAAGCUCAAAUAGUUUCAUCUGGUUUCUGGAUGUAUGAACAUGGAAAAAUUCUUGUAAGUAAACCAAUAAUAUACAUACUGUUUGUGAUAUUUUGAUUCGUCAUCAACGGACAAUUACUGGUUUGCUAGUUGGUUGCUUUCUAAUAUUUACAACCAGCUUAUCAGUUUUGAAACUACUGGGAGAGGGCGGCCCACAACAUAGAGAAACGUCAACAUAAUUUUAUAGUACUGUAGUGGAAAGAUGCAAACAUUCUGAAUUCUGAACAUUCGAUUAGAUUCCAGGUAAUUUGUGUAUGCCCACAGGUUAGAGUUCGUUUUUGUUUUCAGGAACUCCCUAUAACUUGCAGGAUAUUUAACACCACCCAUAUUAUUAAGAAUACUGAGAGUUUUAUGUGUGUGAUUCACUCGAUUAUUCCAAUAAUCCAGUUCAGUCAAAUCAUUUAAAUCUGUUUAGUGUCUGAAGAUAUUAAAUUCAUUUUAUAGACUUUCAAAUAUUGCCAAAGCUCAAGUUCAAUUUUAUAUUUUCAAACACACACUUACAGAAAUAGUCAUUUUUUGUUCAUCUAAGUUUUGAUAGACAUAUGGCUUAAUAAUGUGCAAUCAUUAAUAUAUUAAGCAUUCACUGUUUUACCAUAAUGCAUUUCUAAUGUCCCAACAGGAAAUAUGUAUUGCAAAAAUGUGAUAUUGUGUUGUUGAGCAACUAUCUAAGAAAAUGUGAAGAAGAUUUAAUAAAAUUCAGUUGAUAUUAUAAUGAAUGCGUAAAUUAUAGUAAUUAUAUUGUUGAAAUGAUAUUUCCAUACAUAUUAUUUUGAACUUUUUAUGUAAAAGACCAUUAGAAAGAGAUGUCGAUAUUGGGUUUGUUGAACCUGUAGCACUCAUACUAUGCAAGUACAGGCAGUUUAACAGGAUCUUCAUAUGGCUGUCUCUUGGACAGGAUCUCAUGUAACUUAUAUUGUAAACUCAAAUAAUGUGAUUGUUUUAAAUGAUCUAUAAUAAAAGUAAAAAGAGCAUGGAA